GGUGGAGCUUUCCGGAGGGGCACCGAGCCCCGGGCUGGCUGCGCGGCGGCCGCCCGCCGUACCAUGCCGCUGCCGCCGCCGCCGCCGCCGCGGCUCCUCCUCUCCGCCUCCCGCGCGGGAGCGCGCCCCGCUCCACUCCCCGGCUGCCUCCUGCAGCAGCGGCGGCGGCGGCGCUGAGGGAGUUGCGCGGGCUCUGCCCGAUGUGGCAAGAAGCGAUGAUGAUGAGGAGGAGACGCCGCUACCUGCUGGAGCGGGCAGAACAGGCGGGCGGCGGCGGCUGCGGGGCGAGCGGCGAGCAGUCCCGCUCCCGGGACUGGCUCUACGAGUCCUACUACUGCAUGAGCCAGCAGCACCCGCUCAUCGUCUUCCUCCUCCUCAUCGUGAUGGGCGCCUGCCUGGCCUUGCUCGCCGUCUUCUUCGCCUCCGGGCUGGAAAUUGAAGACCAUGUGGCAUUUUUAAUAACUGUUCCAACGGCCCUAGCAAUCUUUUUGGCCAUAUUUAUCCUUGUCUGCAUAGAACCUGUGUUUAAGAAGCUGCUUCGUGUAUUUUCUCUGGUGGUCUGGGUAUGUCUUGUUGCCAUGGGAUAUCUCUUUAUGUGUUUUGGAGGAAUCAUCUGCCCCUGGGACCAGGUAUCAUUUUUCUUGUUCAUUAUUUUUGUGGUGUAUACCAUGCUGCCCUUCAACAUGAGGGACGCUAUAGUUGCCAGCGUCUUGACCUCUGCAUCUCAUACGAUUGUGCUGAGCGUCUGUCUAUCAGGUACAGCUGUUGUAAAGGAACACUUGGUUUGGCAGAUACUGGCAAAUGUCAUCAUUUUUAUCUGCGGAAACUUGGCAGGAGCGUACCACAAACACCUCAUGGAACUUGCACUGCAGCAGACGUAUCAGGACACGUGCAACUGCAUCAAAUCCCGUAUCAAGUUAGAAUUUGAGAAGAGGCAACAGGAGCGUCUUCUACUUUCUUUACUGCCUGCUCACAUUGCCAUGGAAAUGAAAGCAGAGAUCAUUCAGAGGUUGCAAGGUCCCAAGGCAGGCCAGCUGGAAAACACCAACAACUUCCACAAUCUCUAUGUCAAAAGGCACACCAAUGUCAGCAUCUUGUACGCUGAUAUCGUGGGAUUCACUCGUCUGGCCAGUGACUGCUCACCAGGGGAACUGGUGCACAUGCUGAAUGAGCUGUUCGGCAAGUUUGAUCAGAUUGCAAAGGAAAACGAAUGUAUGAGAAUUAAAAUCCUAGGUGACUGCUAUUACUGUGUUUCUGGACUACCUAUUUCUCUUCAAAAUCAUGCCAAGAAUUGUGUGAAAAUGGGACUGGACAUGUGUGAAGCCAUUAAGAAAGUGAGAGAUGCAACUGGAGUUGAUAUCAACAUGCGCGUAGGAGUGCACUCUGGGAACGUGCUUUGUGGGGUUAUUGGGCUACAGAAGUGGCAGUACGAUGUGUGGUCGCAUGAUGUUACUCUGGCAAACCAUAUGGAAGCUGGAGGAGUCCCGGGCCGUGUUCACAUCACCUCAGUCACCUUGGCACAUUUGAAUGGAGCUUACAAAGUGGAAGAUGGGGAUGGAGAUGUGAGGGACCCAUAUCUGAAAGAGCAUAAUGUUAAGACUUACUUUGUAAUCAAUCCUAAGGGAGAGAAGCGAAGCCCUCAGCACCACAUUAGACCUCGACAUACUCUUGAUGGAGCCAAAAUGAGAGCUUCUGUCCGCAUGACCCGGUACCUGGAAUCUUGGGGAGCCGCCAAGCCAUUUGCACAUUUGCACCACAGGGACAGCAUGACCACUGAAAACGGCAAGAUUAGCACAACAGAUGUUCCCAUGGGGCAGUAUCAUUUUCAGCGUUGCAGAGAGAGAACAAAAUCACAGAAAAGGAGGUUUGAGGAGGAACUGAAUGAGAGGAUGAUCCAGGCCAUUGAUGGAAUCAAUGCUCAAAAGCAGUGGCUUAAAUCUGAAGACAUUCAAAGAAUAUCACUUCUUUUUUAUAAUAAGACUCUGGAAAAAGAAUAUCGAGCAACUACUCUGCCUGCGUUUAAGUAUUAUGUGACUUGUGCCUGUCUCAUAUUCUUCUGCAUUUUUGUUGUGCAGAUCCUGGUAUUGCCAAAAACGUCUAUUCUUGGAAUUUCAUUUGGGGCUGCGUUUCUCUUGCUUUCCUUCAUUUUGUUUAUCUGCUUUGCUGGACAGCUUUUGCAAUGUAGCAAGAAAGCAUCAGCUUCAUUGUUGUGGAUCCUGAAAUCAUCUGGAAUAAUUGCAAACCGUCCUUGGCCACGGAUCACUCUCACAUUGACAACCACUGCUAUAAUAUUAACUAUGGCUGUAUUCAACAUGUUUUUCCUGGAUAAUGCUGUGAAACCUUUUCCCUCAGUUCUUAAUUCAUCAAAUGCAAGUUUUCCUAAUUCAAGUAAUCAGACACGGUGGUGUAUACAAAACAACUGUUUUUUCCUACCGUAUUUUAUAUACAGCUGCAUAUUAGGGCUCAUUUCCUGCUCUGUUUUCCUGAGGAUAAAUUAUGAGUUGAAAAUGGUGAUAAUGUUGAUUGCAUUGGUGGGCUACAAUGUUAUUCUUCUGCACACUCAUGGGCCCAUACUGGAUGACUACAGCAAAUUUAUGUAUGCAAUGGCACCUCUUAGAAGGCCAGGAAUACUGAAAGACUUGAAGACAAUGGGCUCAAUUUCUUUGUUUAUAUUCUUCAUCACAUUACUGGUUUUGGGUAGACAGAAUGAAUAUUACUGUAGGUUAGACUUCCUGUGGAAGAACAAGUUCAAAAAAGAGCGGGAGGAGAUUGAAACCAUGGAGAACCUGAACCGAGUGCUUCUGGAGAAUGUGCUUCCAGCCCACGUAGCUGAACACUUCUUGGCGAGAAACCUGAAGAAUGAGGAUCUAUAUCAUCAGUCAUAUGACUGCGUCUGUGUCAUGUUUGCUUCCGUGCCGGAUUUCAAGGAAUUUUACACAGAAUCUGAUGUGAAUAAGGAAGGCUUGGAAUGUCUCAGGCUGCUAAAUGAGAUCAUUGCUGACUUCGAUGAUUUAUUGUCAAAGCCAAAGUUCAGUGGAGUUGAAAAGAUAAAGACCAUUGGAAGCACUUACAUGGCAGCAACAGGAUUGAGUGCUACACCCAACCAAGAACAGUGUCAGGAACCUGAACGACAGUAUAUGCACAUAGGAACCAUGGUGGAGUUCGCAUUUGCUUUGGUGGCAAAAUUGGAUGUCAUAAACAAGCAUUCAUUCAAUGACUUCAAGUUGCGAGUAGGUAUCAACCAUGGACCUGUAAUAGCUGGAGUAAUUGGAGCUCAAAAACCACAAUAUGAUAUCUGGGGCAAUACAGUAAAUGUGGCCAGCAGGAUGGACAGCACUGGUGUCUUAGAUAAAAUACAGGUUACAGAGGAGACGAACAAUGUCCUGCAAACACUGGGGUACAUGAGCACUUGCAGAGGAAUAAUAAAUGUAAAAGGAAAAGGAGAACUGAAGACAUACUUUGUACAUACUGAAAUGACAAGAUCCCUUUCACAAGGGAAUGUGGCAUCUUGAAGAUUGCUUGUACGUGUCAUCAAUACCAUAUUUUCAGGAAAGUAUCACGCACUUUUUAACUACAUUUUGGCCCUUAACAUGCGUGCUAUUUUCUGGUAUGUGGCACUUAUUUUAAUAUGGCUGCAGAAUAGUCCCAUGAGCCAUCAUUUUGCACCUUGAUAUUCCUGUGUUCAAGGACAGUUGCGAUGUACGCUAUAGGACUGGAAGAUUGUACUGCAACUUGCACAGUUAUUCAAAGACAAGAAAAGAAGGAAUAGGAAUUAAAGGAGAUAAUUCAUCCUGAAAGGACUAAAAAGAGAUGUUAGUGACAAAUGCGGGGGGAAAAGGCAAUAAAGCUAGGGGUGCCUACUAUUUUCUGAUGCAUGGUGUUUUCUGGAAAAUACAGUCACUCCCCAAUAGCAUCCACUAAUCUGGUAUUAAAGUAUACAGUAUUUGUAAAUAAGUUUACUCUGUCCACACAUGAUUUGGAUGUGAUCACCAGUUGCAUCUCAUAGCCAGGGACACGUUGGGUGGCUUGCUGGCAUUCUUUCUGAAGAGAGAACUAACAAUGCUGGAAUAGUUUUGUACAAACGUGUCAAAUGUUUUGAAGCUAUUGUCUUUUGUAAGGUUAAUUCAUUAAAAGUUUAUAUGUACUUUGUCUUACUGUUGCUGUCUCUUAGUUUUGCUUCCUUCCAUGGCUUCUGUCACUCUUAACCUGCGUGUCCUCUGCUCCUGCUGCUUUUUAUUCAGCAGUUAAAUGUUGGGACAGGCUGUGUCCAGCUAUCUCAACAGCCUCUGUCAAUAAUAUCUGCUAGACUUGCUGUUGCCUUUCAGAAAUUGCAUCACCUCUUUUGUCUUCAGUCUUGGGUGGCACCCUGGGCACUUGGCAGCCAUUUAGUCCCUAGGUGAUACAGAAGACUUACCUCAAAUCCAUAAACACAAGCAAAGCGGGAGAUACUGGAGACAGUAGUAGCGUUGCUACUUUGCAACUGGCCUGCAAUGCUUAAACAAUAACUAGGAGAAGCUGUAUAAGAGAAAAAAUGUUUUGUUUGUCUUGCACUUUAACAACUUCUUUUGCUCGUGCAAGCCCGUCACUUCACUUGUACAAUGCCGGAUUUCAUAGGGUGUUUAAAAUAAUUUAUCAGGACAUGAGUACGAGUGGAAGAUACAAUAAAUGCUAUUUUUUGAAUAUUCAAGAUUAAUGUUUAAAUCCCAGUGCAUUAAAGAGUAUCACACUUGCAGAGUUUCAUAAAUGAGCCAAGUGAAAGACUGAAAAAGCAGGUAAUUGUACUAUCUUUGCUCCUUUGAAGCAUAGAUAGUAAACAUUAAUUUUUGCUUUGCUAUAAUCAGGACUUGAAAUUAACAUAUUCUUUAGUCAUAACAGCAUAACAAGACCAAAAUUAAUAAAAUCCUCCUAUUUAAAAAAUAGCAUAUAAUUACAAGGGUUUUUUCUGACUGAUAUGGUAUGAACAUAGAAGUCAACUUAUGCACUGUUACUUCUGGCAUGCUAUUGAAAAGUAAAAAGUGUGCAGAUUUCUCAUUAAUGAAACAUAUAUUGGCAUUUGUAUUGCAUUGUUGUCCUUUCAGAAGGAGUUCUCAAAAUUGUGGGUCACAAAUAAAUGGCAUCAGGCCACAGUCUCACUGAGUGUGGCAUGUUUACUCACAGCAGCCAUCUGCUCGCUAGCAAAUUGGAAUGGCAGUAGAUUUCAAAUGCCUACAUUUGCAGUAAAAUACACAAUCUGAAUUUUGAUCCCUUGAAGUUAGUCUAAAAGCAAAAUGCAAGUUAUUUCAGUGAUGUCCAACAUAACACGCUUGAUGUUCCACCCAGGGCUGGGAACUUUUGAUCAGUAAAUCUCAAAAUAGGUGGUCAGUCUAAUAAAAUCUCUUUUAAAAUGUUUUGUUGCCUUUAUCAUUUAUUCCUUUUAAUUAAUAAGAUAAAUAUUUUCCAGUGGAACAAAAGGCUUUCCAAAUAGCUCACAUGGCAGCAGAAAUAAUAUCCCAGUCAUUGCCCAAAACAAGCUAUCACUCACCUAUGCUUAAGACUUCUCCUAAAUCUCGCCUCUCCACUUACUAUAAAUUUGUCCUAGGAACAAUUUAAAAAGAAUUUAAAAUCUCUGAGACUUUGAAUGUACUCUGGGCCCUUAAAAUCAUUCUGGUAUUGUCACAGGUGAAAGCAAUCAUUUCUUACUGUGGAUGAAAACUCUUUAUGUAAAGUUGAUUAUAUUGUACUGUUGUAUCUCUGUGCAGCUUCCAGGUAUAACAUGUACAUUCAAGAUUUUGCUUUUCAUUUGUAUUCUUGCACACUUUAUGCAUCGGUAGCAAACCUUGUACCUAACUUGAUAGCCUUGUUUCUAUUAUUUUUAUAGAGGUUAAACAAUAUUAUAUUUCUUUAAGCCAUGAAAUGUUACAACAUUUGAAUGGCCGUGAGUUGACUGGUCCAAUGGUAUAUAAAGAUAUAUAUGUGCCCUCCAACAGCAUGUUGAAAAUGCCCUUGUUUAGAGAACUCAUGUUUCCCUGGUGUUCUCUCAUUUUGCAGUUGCAUUCUGAUUCUUGCAGCCAAAUCCCACUAAAGAACAAGAAAGUGGGCAAAAGAUCUGCAUCUGCAGUGUGAUGCCCAGACAAAGAAAGGUGCACACCAUCCUCUCUCCAGCCUUCAGUUACUGACUAUUAUUAUUAUUAUCUUUCUAGUGCCGAGAAACCAUUUGUAUCCAAUAAAUACUUUUUGUCUUCCAAUGCAUUUUA